UUUGGUAACAUUUGGCGAGGUCCAUGACAGAUGCACCUGACAGUGACAUCAUCCAUCACUUCCCCUGACCUGCCAUCCAUCACUACUGCUGUCCUGUGCGGCUCGUUGCUGCUACUGUUUCGCUACAAUGGCUAUUAGAGGGAUUUCGCAUUCUUGUCUCAAGCUUUUCGAGUCCAGUCGACUGGCGCUGGUGGUUAGCCAUGGAUUCCCAGUCUGGCGGGUCUGGAGGCGGCAAGAAACGUGGCCGAGAUUCGGACGAACAUGGAAGAAAGACAGGAUGCUCGUCGGAUCAUGAUAAUCAGUUGAACGAGAACACCAAGAGAAGGCGUGAUAGACGUCGCAAGCGUGAUGGAAAUGGGAACGAAGGAAGUAGACGUGGCGGAGGAGAAGGGAAGGAAAAGCUAGACGCACAGGAGAGGAGUGUCCUGAACCUGUGGACAUUCCUGCCAAACGACAGGGAACUUUCUAAUCAGUUUCAGAUGCGAAGGUUCGUCCUCGCAAUGGCAGCUCACGAAGCUUCAGAUCUGGUCAUUGUCCUCGCAAAUGACAAGUAUUACGGCAGGAAGAAGCUUAUUAGCAUCUGUCAGGAAGCUGUUGCAUGCGGUCCUUCAGAAUCAGUGUCAGUUGGAACUCAUCCCAAGAAGGUUUCCUUCCAGAGUGUUCUGCUGCCGAUGCUACGAGUCAUCUGCCAGCCGGAGUUUUGCAACAACCCUGCAUCGAGCAAGGUCAACACAACUCUCGCAGCCAUCGUCGAGGUGGAGGGGUUUCAGGAGUACCUUGUCAGCUGCAUGAGGCUCCUGACUCAACGGGGAACAAUCGGUGACUCGGAGAAAAAUGACGUCGGCGUCAAGGACUGGGACACAGCGUUUCAAAUCGUCAUCAGCUUCUUUAACCUGACGAUGGAUCGUUUCUACUCCUUGUUUGACGCUACACAAGCUAGCACUGACAUGCAGGAGCUUGAAUCCAUGCUUGGGAAAUGGCAGGCUGAGAAGCCAGUGUUCGAUGGAAAGUACCAUAGCCUCUGCUCCACUAUUUCCAGACUGAGGAAGUCUCUAGAUAGGCGCAGUCACCGUGAAAGGCAUAGACAGAGCAGGGAAAGUGGUCAGACGCCAUUUGAAGUCUUCUAUCCAUCAGGUCGGCAGCUAUCCAUCACACAAGGUGUGGAUGGUCCGGGUGAGCUCAGCUUGGAUGGCCACCCAAGGCAUGAUAAUGACCAUGUUGACAUUUCAGCAAUUUCUGUGGCUCCAACGAUGGAAGAGGUCCUCUGUAAGGUCUCCCCAUACCUUCCCCGCAACAACGCCAACGAGCCUCAUCAUCUGCCUCAUGGCUCUGUUGGCCGUCAUGUGGACAUUCAGUUCCGGCUUUUAAGGCACGACCUGGUUGCUCCACUCUGGAACAAGGCUUUUUUCCUAUUGGAAAGGUUGAAGCACGGACCUGUUCUUCGCAAAAGCAGCAGCUGCACCAACACCCACAGGGAAGGGGCCAUGACAGGGCUCGUGAGGGCAGACAGAACCUUGGUGAAGGAUUUUGCUGCGAACAUGAAAGGAAUUGUGGGGUUUUCUUCAGACGACAUGGACGUGUACUUGCUCCAGGAUGUCCGAGUGCUAUCGAUCAACGCUGAUAAGAGGAGUGGUGUGUAUUUUCUUAUCGACUUCAUGGAGCCACCAAUCUCGCAAGGCGGCCGGCCUUGUACCAGGAUGGAGUUUUGGGAGCGUACCAAGAGGCUGCAGAACGGCUCCCUGGUCUGCCUGUGGAUUCAGGACAUCAGUCAAGGUCACAGGGGAGAUCCUGCACCCCACAACCUUGUCUUCGGCACCAUCACAGCCCGAGAGACACGGAGGUUAGCCAAUCAAAGGCCUCAGAUCGGAGUCCAGCCUUGUCAAGGGAACAGAUUCAGUGCAGAUUUGUUGGAGCUGAUCUCCCAUGAUGGCUCUGCAAACAAGCAAGUCUUCAUGCUGGAAGCCCAUGGGAGCUUCUUUGCCUAUGAGCCAAUUCUGAAGGCCCUCCAGAACAUCACUGAAGCAUCAUUUCCAUUUUCUGAAUACAUCUGUGGUGCAUCUAGUGGUGCUGCUACCAGCCUGGGGACCAAGCUUCCAGCAUAUGUCGAUGAAGACAUGCUUUAUGACCUGAGCCUGCUGCUUCAGACCAAGGCCUCACCUUCUCAGCCAGAAGUUACUGCAGAGGACUCGCAUUCCAUGAAGAACGUGCUGAUUUCCAAGCCUGCUGUGUUUCCAAUCGAUGCUCUCCUGCGCUGCACAUCGCUGGACCGACCUCAAGCUGUCGCUCUUCAGGCUGCCUUGACUCAGGACUUCGCCCUGCUGCAGGGACCACCGGGAACUGGCAAGACGUUUGUUGGGAUCAAGCUCGUGGAGCUUCUGCUGAACAACGCCCUCAAGAACUCUGUGGAUGGCAGCUCAGAGGCUUGUCCAAAGGGUCCUAUUCUCUGCGUGUGCUUCACCAAUCACGCACUUGACCAGUUUCUGGAGGGCUUGAUUGCAAGUGGCAUAAACAAUGUAGUUCGAGUCGGGGGUAGAAGUAGGUCCGAGUCCCUGCAGAAGUACAACCUUUUCAACAUCAUUCAAGACCGAUCCCCCUACCACAGCCAAACCUACAAAGCGUCGAGAUUUUUGGUCCACACGAGGAUGAGGGAGGUCGAAAUAGGGAUUUCGACCUACAGCGGGGCGUUGCGGCUAAGAAGGGAUGAUGUGCAGGGCAUGCCAUGGCGCUUCAUUUCCCCCCACCUGAUGGCGAACCACCCAGUGUUCUUCGAGGCCCUUCGUGGAAAUGUGGAGAGCCAACCAAUGCUGUUUGAGGACCUUAAGCAUUCGGAGCACGUGGUUCAAGAUCACUGGAACGAAUGGAAGCGGGGCCUGACAAAGGAAGAGAGUCUAAGAAAGAUUGCUUUGCAGGAAGCUGGAGUGAAGGGAGCAGGGGAAGCUGCGAGUGCAGCAUCCAGCCAUGCAGCAACCGCACCUAUUGCACCAAGUGACUGUUCAGUGGAUGAGUCGAGUGAUCGAGCAGAAGCGGAGCUACUGCAGGUGGCCGACCCAUGGGCGACGAGCUUGAAGGAGAGACUGAAGCUUAUGGGACACUGGGUGGAGGAGCUUCACGUGACUGCCAAUGCUGUUAUCGAGGCGGAGGUUGAAAAUCAUGCAAAGAAGGUGGCAGAGAGUAGGGAGCUUAUGGAGAUUGAAGAUCUGCAGAUUCUGAAGAAGGCGCAGGUGGUGGGGAUGACGACGUCAGGCGUGGCGAAGAUGCAGCGCCUCAUCACUGCUCUCGGCCCGCGAGUCAUCAUUGUGGAGGAGGCGGCCGAGGUGCUCGAGGCCCACAUCCUCACCUCGCUCACCCCGCAGACCCAGCACGUCAUCCUCAUAGGUGACCACCUGCAGCUGCGGCCCAAGGUGGAGGUGUACGAGCUCAGCAAGGACUCCCACAAGGGCUUCGACCUCGACGUCUCCCUCUUCGAGCGCCUCGCCCUCUCCAAGCAGAUUCCUGUCCACACCCUCGCCACCCAGCGCCGCAUGCGCCCAGAAAUCGCUGACCUCAUCCGAAGCACCAUCUACCCACAGCUCACAGACCAUCCAUCUGUCCAGAGCUACCCCAACGUGCGUGGCAUGGAAACAAACCUGCACUUCUGGGACCAUGACAGUCCAGAGAGGGGCGGUGAUGAUCUUAACGAGUCCAAGUCUAAGACAAACGAGGAGGAGGUGGGCAUGGUGGUGGGGCUGGCAAAGUACCUGCUGCAGCAGGGUUUUCUUGGAGGGGACAUAACCAUUCUCACCCCGUACGUGGGCCAGCUGCUGAAGCUACGGCAGGCGCUGUCUGAAGUGGUCAAUGUGCGACUGGGGGAGAGCGAUGCUGAGGUGGUGGAGGAGGCUGAGGAGAAGGCUGCAGCUGGGGAAGGUGGAUCUAAAGCACGUGAUGGCAGGGGCAGUGGAAAUUCUUCACGGAACUCCUGGGAGCAGAGCAAGGGGCCAGGAUCGGGUGGGAGCAGUUAUCGCAUGCCAACCACAGCGGACUUGAAGGAUGAAGUGCGGUUGGCGACUGUGGACAAUUUCCAGGGCGAGGAGAGCAUGGUGGUGAUCGUGUCUCUCGUGCGCAACAACCUGGACGGCAAGAUUGGGUUCCUCAAGAGCCCCAACCGCACUAACGUGCUUCUCUCCCGCGCCAAGCAUGGCAUGUACCUCAUUGGAAACGCCAGCACAAUGAGGGCUGACCCCAAUUCUUUGCUUUGGCCAAAGAUCCUGGACAUCUUACAGACCAGGAACGCCAUUCAGAGGUUCAUUCCACUGCAGUGUGUGAACCACACUGACACCGUCACGCACAUUCAGCAUGCAAGUGAAUUUAACGAGAAGGCCAGCGAGGGCGGAUGCUCCAAAAUGUGUGGCUUCAGACUCACGCCGUGUGGACACACCUGUCCUCGCAGGUGCCAUGGGGACAACAGGGCGCAUGCCAAUGCGUUCUGCCCCAAGGAGUGCAACCGAAUCCGGCCUCUGGACCAAUGCCCGUUCCAGCACCCUUGUCCCAAGCAAUGUGGCGAAGACUGCGGUGACUGCAAGGCGACUGUUAAGGCAGUCACCCUGCCAUGUGGGCACAAGGCAGUCAACAUUCACUGCUUCGAGGCACAGAAACCAAGUUCCAUUUCCUGCUCGGCAACGGUGGAGGUGACAAUGCCACUCUGCGGGCACAAGCAGAAUUUUAAGUGCAGUGAGGCCGCUGUCAAGCAGAGCAAUCCUAAGCUCUGCACUGCUCGCUGUGGGGUUGUUCUCUCCGAUUCCUGUGGACACGAGUGCAACUACCGCUGCGGUGACUGCAUCAUUGCCCCAGAUGACAAAGCCAAGAAGGAGCAGCAGGGGCAGGAACAGCAGGCCACUGCCCAGCAGCAGCAGCAGCAGCAGCAGCGGGGAAAAGACAUGGAAGUACAAAAGAAGCACAAGGCGUGCAUCCUUCCUUGCAAGAGACCCCACCCCUGCAGCCACCUUUGUCCUGACAUCUGUCACAACGGCAAGGACUGCAAGCCAUGCUGUAGAAAGUGCCUGGUCGCCUGCCAGCACAGCUACUGCUCCCAGCCCUGCCACCGAACCUGUGCCCCGUGCACUGAGCCUUGCGUUUGGCACUGCAAGCACCAGGGGAGCUGCUCCCUCCCCUGUGGAGCUCCCUGCGACCGUCUUCCCUGCGACAAGCGGUGUGAGGAGAAGCUCAAAUGCGGCCACCAGUGCCCGUCCUUAUGCGGGGAAAAAUGCCCAUCUAGGGACUUCUGCACGGUUCCAAAGUGCGGAUCAAAGGCAAAGAGAGAGACCAUCGUGGAUCUUGUGACACUGGAGACGCUAGGGGAGGUGGAUCCGGACGAGAACCCCAUUCUUGUGCUGGCAUGCGGGCAUGCUUACACUGUGGAGACCCUGGAUGGACACUUGGGGCUAGAUGAAGUGUAUCUGCAGUCGGAAACACCUGGUGGCAGUGGUGGAGGAGUCGCAGAGGACACAGGCAUUGCCGGUUCUGGUGCUGCUGGAGGCAGAUGUGUUGAGAUCAUUGGUUCUGUUGGUGGGUCGGCUGCUGGGAGAAAGUCUGGCGGGAGUGGUGGUGCUGGAGGUGGGUCGGCUGCUGGAAGUGGGUCUGGUGGGAGUGGUGGUGCUGGAGGUGGGUCAAGUGGGAGUGGUGCUGCUGGCAGUGGGUCAGGUCCCAAGUGGGUGGCAGUGCUGCCGUUUGAAGACGGCAAUCUCUCUGCUCUCAAAGGCUGCCCUGAUUGUCGCCAGCCAAUCACAGGCCUCCUGCGCUACGGCAGAAUGGUCAACAAGGCUCUUCUGGACCAAUCAGAGCUCAAAUUCGUCCUCACCUGUUCUGCUGACCAGGAGGUGGCCCAUAGGAGACUCUCCAGGCUAAGCCGAGCUGUGGCAAGGUGCCCUGAGGAUGCUCCACCCUUUCAUCUGCAAGAGCUGGCUCAGUCAGUGACAGGCUUCAUGCAUGAAGCAGAACGCCUCCGUGUUACUUCCAUGAAUCCGCCCACAUGGCGGACUUACCAGGCGUCCAUAGCAGCACUUCAGAGGAAGCACAUGCUGCUGGAAGGCUGGGCUUGGGGAGGUGGGAGAGGCGGAGUGAGUGGCGCCGAUUCUCCUGCAGUGCCUGCGUUGGAGGAGGAAUGCCGUCUGCUUCAUGUUCCCCAGCCAGAUACCCGCCCACUCUGCGAGGCUCUCAUAAUCCUGGGAAAGUCCCACCAGCAGCUCAUGACUCUGAACUUCUUCCAGCUGCGGGGCCACCUGAAGAAUCUCCGAAGUGCAACUGGCCAGGGCAGGGGCCAGACUGCAGAGCAUUUUUACCGGUGUGUGCAUGGCUGCAGGAUGACUGUUCACUCGUGCCUGAAUAAUGCAAGGGAGUGCCUUGUGGAGGCAUUUGAGUGGGCUGGCAAGCGCAAGGCACAUCGAUUGGAAGCGAGGGCGCGGCUAGAGCUGGUUGACGUGUACCGUGCGUUUGUGGAAGGCAUGAUGGCGGAACGCCUGCUGGCCAGCUCCAUUGUUGAUCUGAAUGGAUCGCGGGCACAGCAGCUGGAGUACCUCGAAAAGGCCAAGAUACAGUGCCACAUGGUGGCCUAUCACCAUCUGGUCUCAGUUAGGGAGAACAGUGCCCUUGGGGAGAGUGCCAGGAGAAUUCUCAAUAAAGAGCUACCUGCACUAGAAACAUCCGUUCGGGACGAACCUCGCUACUUCGUCCUGACAGAGCGGGAAAAGGAGGAGGUGUACAGGGCUAUGGACUUGGGGGGAGGCCAUUGGUACCGGUGCCGCAAUGGACAUGUGUACGCCAUUGGGGAAUGUGGUGGGGCAAUGCAGGAGUCGAGUUGCCCAGAGUGUGGGGAGGUGGUGGGUGGGAGCAGCCACGUGCUUCGUGAAGGGAACACUUCUGCUGCUGAUUUCUUCAGUGGUCAGAACCUGAGGAUCACUUUCACGGCUUGAUACCGUGCCUCAUCUUCAAGCUACCUAGUGCAGCUGACUCUUGAUUCGGGUUUUAGUUACCCGAAACCAUAUUCAGGAGUGUACAUCGGUAAGCUCGCAUCUUGAUGCCAGGUUGUUUCUGAACGUGUCUAGACUAGACAGUCCACAAUUCAUUUUGGUGCCCAAGUCGUCUAGCUGACCAGAUCAGCAACGCCCCCUCAGACCCAUGCUAAAACCACAGGCUAGAAUAGCAAAGGGGUGGCGCACAUGAAAAUUGAGUUUUUUGGGAGUCAGAGAAAAGAGCCCGAUCUGCAGUGCCGCCGCUGCCGCCGCUGUUGCCGCGGGCCGGGCGCCGCCGCACGCCGCCGCCGCCGCCGCUGUCGUCACUGUCGCUGCUGCCGCCAUAGCCAUCCCGCGGGCCGUGGGAUCUGCCCACUUCCGGAGUCGUUUCGGUUCCUGCUGGGAAUGGGGGUGC